AUGGCCCUCUUCAAGUCCUCCAAGAACCAGUCCGCCUCAGCCUCGGUCUCACCCGCUGCUACUCCUCGCUCUUCAAUGCACGAGCAGCGUCCCGCCAACAAGAUGACCAAGGAACAAGCACUUGAGAAGAUCCUCUAUAAGACCAUGGGCGAUGCUGCUGCCGCAUCACCCUAUAAUAAACAUGCCUUCAAGGCGUAG